UUUGGUAGGUAACGUUGGUGACCGGAGGAAGUAAUACCUGCGACAAGUGGCGUUGGUUGCUAACUGAAGAACAAAGAUUCUAACUUGAUGAUAGAAAAGAUUUACCACUGUCCUUGCUAUAUUAUUGUCCAGUCUUGUUUCGACCUGUUUAUCUAUACUCAUGGCUAGCACGUUGGAUUUCAGGACCCAUGUCGACCAGUCAUGCAGAUAUUCAGAGGAAUUUGUCAACAUUUACUACGACUGCAUGGACAAGAAAAGGAGGAACUUGACGCGACUCUACCUGGACAAGGCGACGUUAGUGUGGAAUGGCAACGCAGUGUCAGGACAGGACGCUCUGGGCGAGUUUUUCGAGUCGCUGCCAUCGAGCGAGUUCCAAGUUCACACACUGGAUUGUCAGCCAGUUCAUGAACAAGCAACCCAAGGCCAGACUACACUGCUUGUGGUGACUGGUGGGAUCGUUAAGUUUGAAGGGAACAAACAGCGUUUCUUCAAUCAGAACUUUCUUUUAACGGCUCAGGCUUCACCCAACAAUGACCAGCCUGUUUGGAAGAUUGCUAGUGACUGUUUCAGAUUUCAAGACUGGAACAGCUGAGGCUCUGCUCAUCUACACUCUCAGUCAACACUCGUAAUCUUGAAAAUCAGCAUGCUGUUGGUUCAUUUCUAUUUAGUUUUUGUAAUGAAAUAAAAAAUGUCAUACAACA